AUGGUUAAGAAAACUACCAAAAAGGAAGUUAGUAAAAAACUUCCGAAAGUUAAAAAAACUAGUUCCAAAACUAGUGAACUUAGCCAAACUAAAAAGUUGAAAACUAAGAAACUAACUACUGAAGAAAAGCAAGAAAA